CUUUUGCUCAUACGUUUCUCCACUUCAAUCUCGUCUGAGCUGCCAGCGAUGAAUCCCGCCUACUACCCCGCCGAGGCGGCCCCGCUGCAGGCGGUGAGGCAGGACGGGCUCCCUGGGCAACCUGGAGCUCCGGCACUGGUUCAGUACACCACGGUGAAUGUGCCCGCGGAGCCUCCCAAGGACCACAUCAUCUGGUCCCUCUUCUGCUUCGUCUACUCAAACCCUUGCUGCCUCGGACUGGCAGCGCUCAUCUAUUCCAUCAAGGCCAGAGACCGGAAGAUGCUUGGAGACAUUCAGGGUGCAAAGACUUACGCCGCCACUGCUCGCCAGCUGAACAUCGCAUCAACCAUCUUGGCUGCCGUCGGCUUCUUCAUUUUCAUUAUUACAAUCAUUUCUAUUUCUGUCAGCGCAGCCAAUGCAUAUCCUAGAUACAGAUAUUAAAUGUAUAAUGGUGGAGGUGCCUGCGUCUGUGCCUGGCAUCAUUUUAUUGUCUCAUUCUCAAAUGAAAAGCUUUGUAUUUUUGAAUUACUUCUCUGUAAACGUGAAUCUGCCCUUCACGGUGACCGAACGCUGGAUGCCAUAAAUGUCUUCCUCCCUUUGCA